CCAGCUUCGAGUCCCCCUCCUCCUCUGUUGCUCCGAGCCAGACCGUUUCGCAUUGAAAUGUCUCUACAAUUGUCGAACCACCAAUCUAUGCCAGUGGCGCCACCAAAUCCGUACGGAUUUCGUGACCCUAGGAGUGUUCCCGGGAAACCCAGAGGAGUCGACAUCCUCAUCGCAGCGCAAGAGCGCCAGCUCAAGCGUUCACGCUACGAACGGUGGAUGCAAUGCGCAGCGAAUAGGUUGCAAAUGACCGUGCUCAAUUCCUUGCGUAAAAUUCGCAAUCUCAUGUGGCGCUUCACUCUAGGCCGAUGGUUUUGGAUUAAAGCUUGCCAUGGAACAGACACGAUAGAAGUCGAGACGAUGCGCAUGAUCUCCUCUCGCACGCGGAUACCCGUCCCUCAUGUCUGGACACACUUCGUCUGGAGUGGUAGACGCUAUAUCAUAAUGAGCCGGAUCACAGGUGUGGCGCUGUCGACUGUAUGGUAUACAGCAGAGCCGCAUUUCAGAGAAGUUAUCGUUGAGCAACUAGCCAAUUGCUUCGAUGAAUUACGAACGUUACGCACUCCGUAUGGCCGUCGUAUCUGCUCCGUGCUGGGGGGCCAGUACGGGACUUCCGACUUCGAUACCAACAUGUAGGACCGUUUGAAGAUGAAGACGACUUCAAUCUUCGUGGCGCACGAUUCUACAACGACUUCGAAUACCUCCCCGCCGAAUGCAUGCCACAGCUCGUCGCAGCUGUGCACUCGAUUAAGCACGGCAUUGUGUUCACACACGGUGAUCUUGCUACGCGAAAUGUCAUGGUCGACGGC